GCGAGCCCGCAUACUUUCACUGUGUGGUACAGAAAUGAGAAUUUUUACAUCAUAGCGAAAUCAGUCGUGUCUUUAAUGCCGUGUUCACCAAUAAUACACCACUUCAAUGCAAGUAAAAGUUCCACCGUGUUUUAUUUUCCUCAACCGUUUUGCUGAAUUUAAUUUCAAUUAGCCAGUUUGAAAGAUGGCUUCCAAAAUAUUGCGAGCUGUCAUCCUGGGCGCGCCUGGCUCCGGGAAAGGAACCAUUUCUCAGAGAAUAACGAAAUGCUUUGGUCUUAAACACAUAUCGAGUGGCGAUUUCCUGCGUUCCAGUGUAAGGUCGGACCCUGAAAUUGAGCUUCUGGCAAAACAGUAUCUGGACAGAGGGUAUUUGGUGCCGGAUCAUGUAAUGACUCACCUGAUGCUGGAAAAGCUUAAGUCAAUGGGAGAACAGAGCUGGUUACUGGAUGGUUUCCCUCAUACGCUAGCCCAGGCAGAAGCACUUAAUGGCAUCUACCAUCUUGAUCUUGUCAUUCACUUGAACGUCCCAUUUGAGACAUUGAAGGAGAGACUCAGUGCAAGAUGGGUUCAUCAGUCAAGUGGAAGAGUUUACAAUAUGACAUUCAAUCCUCCCCUUUUGCAUGGAAUUGAUGACAUUACUGGGGAUAUUUUGAUCCAGCGUGAUGACGAUAAGCCAGAAGUGGUUGCAUCCAGACUGCGUCAAUACAAAGAUACUACAAAGCCAGUAAUAGAUUUGUACAAGACCAAGGGAAUCUUGCACACAUUUUCUGGGACAGAAACAGACAAGAUUUGGCCCUAUAUCCAUUCUCUGUUGAGUGCCAGGAUUCCAGCCCUUAACAUUGAGGCACCAUUCAGACAAAGCUGAGCCAUUCCAUAUGGAAGAUUUCCAGGCAAAAAGAAAUCAUAGCGUAUUUUUCUUGAAUCCUCUGCAUUUUACUUACUUUCACUCUAGAUACCAUUUUUUCUCCUAAGUGUAUGCAUGUACUGUUAUUGCUGAAGCCUUCUUAUUUCUAUAAACUUCUGAAAAGCAUUUUAUCUUAUUGUUAUUUGAACAAAAUAUAGGCAGUGAAAUGUUUGAAAAUAUCAUUCCAAGUAGGCUUUUAACUGUUUUUCAUAUGAGAUAUCUUUCGUCUUGCAUAAUUGUAUUCCAAACAAUUUCACAGUACAGAAUAUCCUGUUAUUCUGGAAUAACUUCCUUUGAUAAUAUUUAAUUGGGCUAUUAAUUGGGAUAUCAAUGAAGAACUUCUGCUGGAUAUAGAGUAUACUUGUCACUUUAUAUUGCAGUAUUCUAAGCAUGGCAGGCCAUCUGUGCUGUAACGUGAUAGUUUAUGUUUUUUAAAUCUCAAAACAGAUGCAACGCACUUUUUAAAUAAAAUUAUUGUUGUGUUUCAGCAAGGCAAUAGCUAUGAAAGUUGGGGAGUAAUUUACUUUCCCAUUUCUCCAUUCUAAGGUCAGAUAAGUGUAGAGCAAAACUCACUUCCUCAAACAGUGUAAGUUAAUCUCAAGAGUAUUCUGUUCUUCAGUUUUAAGCUUUUUCCAUUAAAUCAUUCCGCACACUCUCUGAAUUAAGUUACAGGGUGGAAUAUUUUCUCUUUAGUCAGCAGAAUUAAACAGCUGCUUUAAUUUUAUUAGUUUUGGUGGAGCUGAAUGUUGGAAGGCAAGCACAACAGUGACUGAUGUUCCAUCACCCAUUUAGCAUCAAGACCAAAGACAGACCAUGCUGAAAUUGGGGAUCAUUUGAUAUGAAACAGAAGCUAAGUAAUACAAAGUGUAACUCACUUAAUUUUGAUCCCUACAGUUAGUAGAGAAAAGAAAUCUUCAGCUCUCCGUCUUACCAAUGCUUAGAGCUAGCUCUUAAGUGUGCAAAGGCAGUUUAACAUAAAAGUGUUAUUUUAUUGUAGAUUUUUAAUUGUCAGUCUGUAUCAUAUUCUUUUCAGCAAAGACACCAUUCAGCUAGCUGGAUGUGAUGUACAGUAAAUAUUUGUCAAUCUGAGGACAAACUUUCCAUUUCCUUAAAGUUUCUACACUUUUUUGAGAAAAUUCCUUGCCCAGAGUGUUGACUUACGGUAUACAGAUUCACAAACUACCUCUUCUAUCCUGGAUAAAUUUUCCUGUGGUCAGUGCAAAAUACAAGUUCUAUUAUAAGGCUUAAAUAAUGAAUGUAGACAGGUUAUUCACACAGGUAAGGUGCACUGCUUAAUUAACUUUCUUUCCCUGCUGAUGAUCACAAAUAACCCUUUGCUAGCAAGGGUAAUUGAGUAGGGAUCAAUAUCACGAACAUCAGGUAAUUUAAUUAUUUUUCCCUCUCCCUCUGUUUUCUUGCCUUCAAAACCCUGGAUGGAAUAGUCACUCAAUGCAAUCACAGCUCAUGUAGUUUGAUCAUUUGAGAGAAGGAAGCAGGUCCCCAUGCGGCAAUGGAGGUUGUCUGCUGGAUGGUCCUCCUGAAGUGUGCCCUUGCUGGGUAGCGAUGAACAUGGAGAAGGCAUUAUAGUCAAUAAAAUGGUACUUUUUUCUUUGUUCAGUUAAUUUUCUCACAAUAUUUCUCCUUUCAUUCUGUUUUGAAAGCAAUUGGUACCUUGUGGAGGUAUUGUUUCACUGGGACCAAAGACCAUCUAGCACUUUGCCCAAGUUAUAGUUUUUCAUGAGUGUGACAGCACUGAGUUUUGACAAACUAUUUAGCAUAAUGAGCUCCACAGUCAAAUUUGAACUUCUUCACAUCUAGUGUUAACAGACAAAGACUAUUUGGAAGAACAGGAACAAAAAUUUUGAAUAGUUUUCUUUCUUCACCAUGUGCCCCUAUUACAACUUAUGUCUUGGACGAGUUAGCACCUGCACUGUCUGGUGAUUUGCAUUGCGUUCUUAUUGGACAAAUAGGAAAGAAAUUACUUUUCCAUUGUUCCACACUGAGGUGUUUAAAACUCAGUAACUUACCACACCAUUUGCAGUCAGCCAGCAGUUGCUUUAAGAACUUCUGGUGAGGCAGCAUUAGACUGACAAAUACGAAGUGUUGCAUGCAUUGUACAGGUUCCACUUCAGCAGAAGAUCUUAAAAGCAACAUUAAGCUCCUGAUCUGCAGGAGGCCCAGCCCUUUGUCCAAUACUGUAACCUAAGCACCAGGAGGUUAUCAAAUCUUGGCAGUUUGUAUAAUUCCCAAGAGUAGUCACAGUGGGAGGUAGCAUCCUGUAAAUGGCACUCUUGAUGUGAAUUUUGCAAUAAACAGGUGCAAUGGUAACCAGUUCCCUCUGUGCCAUAAUGGCUAGUGUUCCAACCAAUAGGGAAACACACUGGAUACUUACCUGUGUAAAAUUUCUACAUGUUCAUCUUUGCAAGACUCUAAUUUUAUUUCUUAAGAAGUCAAGGUUUGCAACUGAUGUGUAAUUAAAUGGGGCAACUUUAGAUUGUGCAAUUUAUGUAACAAAAACAAUAAUUUACAAUUUGUAUCUAAUUGUAUGGCUUUAAAAUAUAUAUUUGUUAUCACUAUUUCAAUGAAGAAUUAACCUCCUGCACUCCACAGCUACUCUGGUGACAUCACUGAUAGAAAGCUACUGCUGUUUUUAGAUGUGGUUCUGUUCUUUGUAAUAAGUGGAGCAACUUUGCACCAAUUUGCAUAUGUACCCACGUGUACUUUGCAGAUAGCAUAUCAUCCCUCAACCUAGCAGACCCACUUGGUUUGAAGCUGCCACCUUAUUAAAUUGACUAGAACCACACGCAGAAGCAGAAUGUUUUUUCUUAAUUUGGAUGCCAUUGGACAUGCUCUGGAGGAUGAGGGACCCAGAGUGGUAUGUCUCUUACAGGCAAGAAGUUUGACACGCAAUCACCAACUUAAGACGUGACAGAAACUGGCAAUUAUUAUAACUCUAUUAAAAUAAUUUGUAACAUUUUAGGCUUUCUAAUGGCUGCAGCUCCUUUUCAAAUAAAAUGUUUGUAAAAUAAAGCUAUAUACAAUGUUUUUGCACUUGUAAUUCAGCUGCAUAUCAAUGUAUGAAAUUUUCCGACUGAAAAAUCUAAGGUUUCAUCUUAAGCUAUUGAUUUGCUAAAGUUUAAUUUUGUUGAAGCAUUUUUUAUGAAUUUUAAAUGCAUACUUUGCACUUUAGAAGGUAUAAAUUUUGGGUAUUUAUUUUCAAUGUAAUACAAACAAUAUUUGCUGUUAUAAGAAUAGGUUGGUUAUAAAUAAAAUGAAAAAUGCUGCUCUGAGAGCUCAAUAGACAAAUAAAUAUGUUGCCCACUCUGGUACUGUGUAUGUAGGAAGAACACAUAUUUAGUCGUUUUUCUGGAUUGAGUUGGUCUCAGCCAGAAUAGCUGUUGUAUCACAGUUAUUGGCCUGAGUUUCCUCAGACAAAAGGGAGGGAAUAUUAUCUAGGAUCUUUACACCAGAUCAUUAAAGACCACAAAAUGUUGCAGGUGGAUGUUGGUUAAGACAUGGUGCUCCUCUGCCUGUGGUGAACAAGUGAUGCUCUGACCGAAGUGUGUAUGUGCAUGUAGCUGCUGGUCAAGUCUUCCACUGACAAUUCGUAAGUCACUGGUUCAAUUAAUUAACUUCUUUUUAAUUUUAAUUAUUAAAGAUUUAAGUAGAAGUGCUACUUAUAAGUAAUAUGUGAAUAUUUUCUUGAAGAGCUCUUUCUCUGGUUGCUUCUAAUAUUUAAUUUUAUAAUAUUAUUUGCCCCAGGGAUUAAUAAGUCAAAACCACAUCUUUAAAGUUCCAGAAGGGCAAUAGCUUGGAAAGUUAGAUAGUUUGCAAACAAGGAUAGGCGUACAUAGACACUGAUUAAUACAUUGAUAUUUCCUUUGUAUCACUUAAGAUCAUGUAACAUACAUUUACCUCUUUUUGCCUUAAAGGAAAAUAGGAUGUGACCAAAAAGUUGAAGGGAAAUUUUGCAGGUAAUAAUCUAUGGUGAUGGGAUGCUAAGCUUCAAAUUAACACAAAAUUAAUUGUUUCCCCUUGUUUUCCCUUGUCUUUUAAUGGUGUUUGGUUCCCUGAUCAGCAGAAAAUCUUCAGCACUCUAUUCAAUCCUAAUGCACGGAGACUAGAAUACCAUGGAUUCCCUUUUUGAGAAUUUUCUUGCACAGUAGCAUCUGAAUAAAUGCUUAUUCCCAAAUCUUUUUUCUCUAAAUUACUAUUUCUUUCUUAUCACUG